AUGGCAGAGAAGUCUGCAAGGCAUUCGGUGAGUGACUCGGCCGAGGCCACUUAUGAAACCGACGGAGCAAGACCGUCAGUAGAGGGAGCCAAGGAUGAUGCUGGAAACUUGACAUUCGAUCAAUACACCGAGGGUGGUCUCGGUCGUCACCUUGGUAUUUUCAGUACAUCCUCUUUAAUUAUCGGACGUAUCAUUGGUACAGGUAUCUUUUCGACACCUUCAUCAAUCGUACAGGGGGUUGGCAGCGUGGGAGCUGCGUUAAUGUUAUGGGUACUGGGUCUUUUACUGGCUAUGGCAGGACUCUGCGUCUGGCUGGAGUUCGCCUGCAUGAUUCCUCGAAGUGGUGGUGAAAAGGUCUAUCUUGAGGCUGCGUACAAGAAGCCGCACAUGCUCAUCACCACGGUAUUUGCCGUCCAAGCUAUUGCUCUUGGAUUUACAGCCUCGGGAUGUAUUGUUUUCGCAUCCAACGUCAUCAAUGCAGCCGGCCACACUGCAACUGAAUGGCAACAGCGCGGUAUUGCAAUCGGGGUCAUUACCUUCAUCACAAUUAUCCACACUUUCUUCCCAAAGAUCGGUGUUCAUGGCAUGAACUUCUUCACAGUGCUCAAGAUCGCCCUGCUCUUGUUCAUCGUCGUCACAGGAUGGGUUGUGCUUGGUGGUGGUGUUGCGGCCGUUCCUGACCCUCAUGCCAGCUUUCGCAACGCAUUCGAGGGCUCAGCAACCUCUGGAAAUCCGUAUGCCACAGCACUGUUCAAGGUUUUGAACUCUUUUGCAGGAUGGUCCAACGCCAUGUACGUCCUCAACGAAGUCAAGAACCCAGUGCGGACCAUCAAGAUUGCCGGACCUGUCGGCCUCACAACCUGUGGCGUUUUAUAUCUCAUGGCAAACGUCGCCUACUUUGCAGCAGCCACUCCCAGUGAAAUUGCCCACAGCGGCACAACAGUUGCUGCAUACUUUAUGGACAAGGUCUUUGGGAAAUCAGCCAAGACCGCAAUGAGCGUGCUCGUUGCACUUUCUGCCUUCGGAAAUGUACUUACAGUCACGUUCUCCCAAUCCCGAGUAAAUGCGGAGUUGGCAAAGGAAGGAGUCAUUCCAUUUUCGAGGUUCUGGGCGUCGUCUUGGCCAUUCGGCUCCCCUUCGUCCGGUCUUCUCCUCCAUUACAUCCCGUCGUUCAUCGUUAUCGUAGCCAUUCCUUUUGGAAACGCGUACAACUUCAUCCUCGACCUGGAGGGCUAUCCAGGUGCAGUCAUCAACUUCCUCGUUGUCCUGGGUCUCUUCUACUUGCGCUGGAAGGAACCGAACACGAACAGGCCUUUCAAGGUGUGGCUGCCGGUUGCCGCAUUUUACAUGGCAGGCCAGGCUUUCCAGCUCAUCGCCCCUUUCCUGCGUCCACCCAACGGCGUGGGAGACACACCCCCACUUCCUUAUUGGCUGUACUGUGUGGUUGGUAUCGCUGUUCUUCUUGCCUCGGUGGUGUUCUGGUUUGUCUGGUGGGUGGCCGCACCCAAGAUUGGGAAGUACACGAUGGAGCCUCGAAACGAGCCACUGGCGGAUGGUACAAACGUUGUCGUUUAUCGCCGAGUUCCGAAGACUUUUAGGGACGAAUAA